AUGCAUCUAGAACAGUUCCAAAUAAACAAACAACAUGAAAUGCACAUUGAGCACAUUGCAGAAGAGCUAGACCCGAUCUAUCGACUACUUCCACUCCAAAACGUGGAAUUCGGCAAGACAGAUAAAGAUAAGGAAAGUGACAAAAAUGAAGAUGAGAGCAACUGCAUGAGGCCAGCGGACUGUGAACUUUUGAACGAAGAGAGCAACGAAUGUUGUGACGAGAGAAAUUCCAAGGAAGAGCAUCAGAAGACGAUACACUGGAUUGAUCAGAAGUUCAAUUUCUUUUCCUUGAGCAGCUGCAAUAAUAACUCACUGAAAAGAGGUCCUCCGAUAGCUGCUGCCAUUGCCAUUUUUGGAAAUCCUUGUUUCACAACUGCAAUGUCAGCCACAAUGUCUCCAAUACAAUUACUCCAUGCCAUAAUUGUUAGUCCCAACAAUUCCAUUGACAAUCCCGUGACCACUCCAAUCAUAGUCACAACACUAACAAUUUCAUUCGAAGUCGCAUGCGAUCUACUCACAGCUACUCGAAAAGAUUUGGUGAAAAUGAUAAUAGCCAAGACGAUAGUUGUGACAAAGAUGCUGGUACCAAACAAAUCUCCAAGUGCCAGAUCCGCUUUUGGUUUUGGAGUUGUCAGAACAGAAGAAAUAGAACUGAAGACGUCGGGAGCUCCGUUUCCAAAAGCCAAGAAAGUUACCCCAGCAAUGGAUUCACUCAUUUUCAGAUGA